AAACCCAAGAACAACCAAAAAAACCCGUCUCCUAUUGUUGAGUUGUGCUCCGCUCUGGCGAUGUGGUGGAUGCUGACUCCACGGUGGAUCUGCCUCCUGGCGUAUGUGAUAGUGUGGAUGGAGCUCCAAGCCGGAGUUUUGUCCCAUGUCACCUAUUCACACGCAGGGAUCUGCCCUAACGACAUGAACCCCAACCUGUGGGUGGAUGCCAUGAGUACCUGCACAAGAGAGUGUGAAUCUGAUCAGGAGUGUGAGUCCUUUGAGAAAUGUUGCCAGAAUGUGUGUGGGAAUCGGAGUUGUGUGGCAGCCCGUUAUGUGGACGGAAAGAAAGGUCCCAUAGGGAUGCCAAAGGAAGCCACCUGCGCCAGUUUUAUGUGCACCCAGCAGGGGUCUGAGUGUGACAUCUGGGAUGGGCAGCCAGUGUGUAAAUGCAGGGACCGCUGUGAGAGGGAACCCCACUUCACCUGCGCCUCUGAUGGCAUGACCUACUACAACAAGUGCUACAUGGAUGCCGAAGCAUGCUCCAAAGGCAUCACCCUCUCUGUUGUCACCUGCCGCUUCCACCUCACCUGGCCGAACACAAGCCCCUCGUUGCCCCAAGCAACCACUCUUCGCCCAACGACUGCUCCCCUCCAGGCGACUAUCCCACCUCCCACACAACCACAGCCACCUGUGGUCAUCAACAGUCCGACCCACCAGGCAGUAAAUGUCGGUGAAACAGCCAGCUUCCUGUGUGACGUGACGGGGCGCCCGCGUCCUGAAAUCACCUGGGAGAAGCAGCAGCCAGACGGGGUAGAGAGGGUGGUCAUGAGGCCCAAUCACGUGCGAGGGAAUAUGGUGGUCACUAACAUCGGUCAGCUGGUCAUCUACAAUGCUCAGCUGCAUGACUCAGGCAUCUACACCUGCACAGCCCAGAACCCGUCCGGCUCAGUGCAGGCCAACCACCCACUCACUGUGCUGCCCACAAAGCCAUCCAAGAGCCCAGAGCCCAAGAACGUGACACGCUGCCUCCCUGAGGAGUGCCUGAAACCCCCUGAUAAUCCAGAGGACUGUGGGAGUGAGCUGGAGAAAGUCAGCUGGUACUACGAACCCAAGGCCAACAACUGCUUCUCCUUCACCCACUGCCAUAGCAACGACAACAGCCAGCAGCCGAGGAAGGUGUUCGAGGCAUACGAGGAUUGCAUGCAGUGCUGUGGUCCAGAGCUGUCGGGCCCCUGCGGCCUCCCCAGUCUUCAGGGCCCUUGUAAGGCGUACGAACCCCGUUGGGCCUACAGCAGCACCCUGCGGCAGUGCCAGUCCUUCAUCUACGGAGGAUGCGAUGGCAACGACAACAACUUUGAAUCCAAAGAAUCAUGUGAAGAGAUGUGCCCCUACCCGAAAAACCACCACUGCAAAGCCUGUAAGCCAAGAGGCAAGAUUGUGACGAGCUUCUGCCGGAGUGACUUCGUCAUCUUAGGUCGCAUGACCGAGCUUACAGAGGAGAAGGACUCGGGUCACGCCCUUGUGACCGUAGAAGAGAUCCUCAAAGACGAGAAGAUGGGCCUCCGCUUCUUUGGCAAGGAGCCUCUAGAAGUCACCUUCCUCAACAUGGACUGGAACUGCCCCUGCCCAAACAUCACAAAUGCAGCCGCCGAGGGUCAGGUCAUCAUUAUGGGCAAUGUCAACGAUGGCAUGGCCGUCCUUCAGCCAGAGAGCUAUGUGGGUGCUUCCAGUCCUCGUCGUGUACGAAAACUCAAAGAGGUCAUCUCCAAGAACACAUGUGACAUUCUCAAAGCGAUCACCAACAGCCCUCAGUAGGGGUAGUGGUAAAAUCUGUACAUACAGUCUGGGGUUGGGAAACCUUACUCAGCAGG